AUGAAGAAAGGUCAAGUGCAGCAGGUGAGGAGAUGGGAGGGAAAGGGAGUUGAUAUUAGCUUGAUCGUCGAGCUCAAUGCGCGUCGGGACGGAUUGCCAAAUUUUUCAGGACGGAAAACAAGGCAUCUAGCGACACGCGCACGUGAUACGAUGUGGCCAGUUGGGAAAUGUCUUGGCGGAUCCGCCACUGAAAAGGGAAGGCAACCAGAUAACUUUACUCCUUCCUAUGCUAUUACUAGGGUCUACCAGAGGGCCCCAUCCGCCACAAUCCCCGUCGGGUUGCAUGCCUCAUUGCUGCCUGCCAAUCAGGGCUCUCCAGCACGUGGUCUGCCUUUCCCCCCAGCCACAUUGCCGGUUUCGGUAAUUCCCACUGUGGCGUCUCGGAAGUCAUGGGAUCUGCCUUACAAACCCCUCGGACAUGCCGAGCGUAGUAUACCUUCUAUCACUCCUGCGUGGCAGGUGGAGGAAAGAGGUAUCUACUGGGUUGUCUGUACCAAGUAUGCCAACCCUGAUCCACUCGGACGGGAUCUUCCCACGUCUGACAGGCAAGAGAUCAUACAUUUUAACCAGUAG